AUGAACGUGCUGCUCAGGUCCAAGGCCAGGAUUGAUAGGAGACGGAAGCAGACCGAGAUCGACUUGAAGAACGAGAAACUGCGUGUGCUAGAGAAGAUCAGUCAGAAAUUGGAAUCUGGAGACGCGGCGCGCGAGGAGAAGGAACAGGCCAUACUGCAGAAGGCUAUUGAAGAGAAAGAAGCUAUUAACGAAGCUCGCAGACAAGCAGAUAUACGCAAGCAGGAAGCGUUCAAGCAGCAGCGCGUCGCGGACCGACAGCAGUUCCUGCGGGAUGAGGAGCAGCGGCUCAGGGAGUUCAACACCAUGCGCCAGUGGGAGAUCAUGAACAGGUUCAAGAAUGCAGAGAUUCAUAAUGAGUUCAAAGAAAACUUCAAAGAGCGUUCAGACCGCGAGGCGCAGGAGCGCGCCGACACGCGCUACUUCUACGGGGAGCUCGCCGAACGGAAACUAAGAGACGCCGACAACAAGCUGCUCACACACGCCAACAAGUUGCUCGAGGAGGCUGCCAAACAUGGCCGCCCGGACUUUGCCUUGCAUAAGGCUAUUGACGUAAGAACUAUGUUCUUUAGUGCUGUAUAA